CCAGAGCUCUGCAUCACCCAACUUUAUGCUGAACAAACAAUAGUCAUUGAAAGAGGGAGGAACCAUUGCCGCUCCAGGUGUCGCACCAAACACACGGGGCACUUCGCUGUCGAUCCGUCUCGAUCUGGAUCAACGUCGCUCGAUGUCGUCACAUUGUUUCCUCGAUCUACAAACCUAGACGAUCAGAUCGCUUUGAUCGCUAUUUCAACGCUGAAGUCAUUUGGAAACUGCGGAUGCCACUCAAUUUGUCAUCAUCUCGGAGAGUCACCUUGCGUUUGUGCCGUUGCCCCACAACUUCAUUACGUCAUUUUUAUGUACCGAGGACUUGCACCCAAGUGUUCUACAAGUGCAGUUCUACAACAGCAAGUGCAGUGUUGUACCAGGUGACCAGAAUGAAGCAAACCCUCAGCUGAUAAGAUGAUUCAUAGGAGAAAAAACUCCAGACAUAUUCCAGACAAAAGCAACACUGUCAAGACAGAAUUACCAACAAUGGCCCGUUUGACAAAGAGAACUUUUACCCAGACCGAAUGACUACAGGCGAGACAGACUUAAUAGGAUCUAAUAAUUUGGACAACAGAUAGCAGCAUAGUGGAAUAUUCAAGCCUUGAGAUGGAGGUGGAACGGCCGGACAUUGUAGAGGAAGAGUCCUUCUCCAAGGGUCACCAGGAAGGCAAGAAGAGCAGAGGUCACACUUGUGAACUCUGUGGAAGAAGUUUUCCUUUUCUCAGCUCAUUGUCCCAGCACAUGAGAAAGCACACUGGGGAGAAACCAUACAAGUGUCCUCACUGUGAACACCGCUCAGCCCAGAAGGGUAGCUUAAAGGCCCACAUUCGCAGUCACAAACUGGACGGCCUCAGCCAGAGCAUCGGUGGUGAGGAGGAAGACGUGGACGAGGAAGGGGAAGGGGAAAAGGAAGGAGGGGUGCCAGAAGAUCAAGGCGGUUGCUCCAGUCCGACUGAGAGUACCUCGGCCUGCAACAAGGUUGUGAGCGGUGAGGAUGUGACCAAAACAAGGAAGAAAGGUGGGAAGAAGGACAUAACCUCUGGUGAGAAUGGCAAACAGUCAGUGCAAUGCACUCUGUGCAGGAAGAGACUGUCCAGUCUUGCAGAGCUUGAACAGCAUAUGCAGGAUCUUCACAAGGUCUUCCGAUGUGAACUGUGCCCUUAUGAGACUUUGCAGGAGGACCAACUGCAGGCUCACAUUGAGAAGGUACAUCCUAUUGAGGAGGAAUCUGUCACCAAAGAAGUCUCUAUCAGCGAGGAUGCUGACUGUGUACUCGGUAAAGGCGAGUUCCCAUGUGAACAAUGUGACCAGGUGUUCACCCAGGCCUGGUUUUUGAAAGCUCACAUGAAAAAGCAUCAGAACAGUCUGGAUCAUGGGUGCCGGAUCUGUGGACGCCGCUUUCGUGAGCCCUGGUUCCUACGUAGCCACAUGAAGACCCACAACACCAAGGUAAAACCAAAGAGUGACUCUUACCUUCCGGCUACUGUCAAUGAGGUGGCACAGGACGAGUCGAACUUGGUGAACGAAGUGUGUCUGUAUGAACUCUGUGCCAAGUGUGGUAACUUCUUCCACAACAGCAAGAGCCUCCUGUUGCACGAACAGGUCCACAGAAAUGUUGAGCUGCCUCCUAACAAUACCUUAUGCAGUGAUAAGGACUUUGCAUCUGUCACCAAGACAAGCUUCUUGGAAUGCCUAAACUUGAAACCAGCAGGAUAUGAAGAGAACCCCACUGACGGAACUCUAGGGAAAAGAAUCCCGGAGCUCGAUCCAGUUUGUAGCUACCAGGCUUGGCAACUGGCCACCAGAGGCAAAGUGGUGGAGGUAUCGGAGAAGAGCCUGGGUUGGGAAGAGAGGUUAGCUGAUGCAGAUGUAGCAUAUGACAGGGAAAAAGGUGAGUAUGUCUUGCUGAGACAGGACAAGCGGAAGAAAUCACUUGAUUCAAUGCCGAGUAUCCCAACUAAGAAACGGAGAGGGGCUGGGACCCAAGGCUCCAAUACAGAUCACCACAACAAUGGAGAAAGGAAUGACCAGAUUUCGAUAGGUGAGCGAAGCCCAGAGAAUCUGUGUGACACUGAGUACCGGCCUACUUCUCGCCCUAGCCGUAAGAAUUCCCAGAAAACCUCGGAGUGCUUGGAGUGCGGAAAGGGCUUCCGCACACAGCAACAGAUGGUGAUCCACAUGCUCAUCAGACAUGGUGGUUUGGGUGAAACCAUUGGUGGAAAUGGACUGUUCCGUAAAGCAGCGUCCAGCCCAUCUAAAGCAGGGGAAUCAGCAGGACUCUUCAGGGAUCAAAAACGGACAGCGUUCUUUGGGGACACAGAUAAAAAGCCAUACACCUGUGAGCACUGUGACUUUUGCACCUCGGAGCCCUCGGCCAUCGCUGCCCACGUCCAAACGCAUGAUAUGGCAAUCAGGAACUGGGGCCAGAGGAGUGAUGCCUUAACCAGCUCACUCAGCCAAAGCCAACCUCACCAAAGGAACCACACGGGCUUCCCAAGACUGAGAAAUGCCCUGCUGCAACAGCCCUACUGGCCCUACACCAGCUCAACUCACCUGGAGAGGGCAGCACUGAGCGAUGCAGCGUCAAAGACUGAGGAGGAAAGGAACAAGGGGUUGGAAGGAAGUAGCACCAUGGAUAAAGUGGAUGCUAAUCUGCUUAAUCUCUCCAUGGAGGUGGAUAAUGAAAAAGAAGGGGUUUCUUCCAUGUUCUUGAAAAGUUUGGUUCGACACCAGUGUCCUUAUUGCUCCUAUGCAACCCUGUAUCUAGAAGUUCUCUGGAUUCACCAACGAAUUGCACACAAAGUUGACAGCACUACGUUGGUGCCUAAGUGGGCCCCGAGAAAUGGCCUCAAGGGGCCCAAAUCACUUCUCGAUUUCAAGAGACGCACCGGGCCACCUCCGUUUCUGGAGGGUAAGGACUGCCCCUCUCUGCCACAGAUGAGAACAUCCCGAACGAUUCCACCUGAUUGCAGUCCUGGAGGGAUGAAGAAAUCAAAACCUCCGACAAGUAGCGUAGAGUCCAGCUCCUCGCAAAGCAAGAGCUGGCACGUGGCCACAGCACCGGGGGCAUCAUCUCACUCGUCCAAACACAAGACCAUCAAGUCCAGGACAGAUGAGUUGGCAGGCAGUAAACACAAAGCAGACGUCCAUCAAAACAGUUCCUCGCGGCCUACGGCAAGGCCUCAGAAGACUGGGAACCCAAAGACAGGAAGCAGAGUGAUGGAGAGUAGUCUGCUACCUCAAGAGGGACUUCAUUUUAUGCUCUCUAGCAAACACAAACUCUCAGAUCAGAGGAGCUCCAAAGCCUAUGCUCCUCAGACCUCCGGCAGGUCUGAUUCUCAAGCUCAGGAUACACCAUCCGUGUCUGGGUAUGACCCCUGGAGCAGACUUGGCUUGAGAGGAUCGUCCUCUCACUCCCAGUCCAAAAGACAGUUGACGACCGAUGGUCCAGAACCUGUGACGGACAUCCUGAGUUUCUUGAAGAACUGCAGUCCUCACGAUCUAGCUGCCCUCUACCACCACUGGGGCUUCAACAACGCCAUGGCAGAGCAAGCAGGGUUGACGAGGUCAGGGUCUCAGCAGGGGGAGUAUGUGUGUCCAGUGUGCAGGAAGAGCUUCAACCAGCCCAGCCAUUACAGCACACAUAUGAGAUCACACACAGGUGAGCGACCUUUCCAGUGCCGAUACUGUCCUUACAGCGCCUCGCAGAAAGGUAACCUGAAGACCCAUGUCCAGACCGUGCACCGCCUAGCCUUCGACAACACGCAGUACCCGGACAGGAGACUCCGCCAAGCCCCUACCAAUGAACCCAUGGACCCUUCCAGACCUCACUGAGCAUCUCCACCUCCUCACAACCAGCUCAAAUGAGGGCUUAAAUCUAUAAAAGGUCCAUUAAAAAUGGUUUGAUGCACAAACACGGCAUUCGAGGAAGACUUAAUGUAAUGUACGGCACUGGAUUCGUUUGUGUUUUUAGUUUAGUUUUUAGACAUUCCAUGUUUCCUUUUUAUUUUCUCCUGACACAAAGCUCUAGAUUAAACUGAAAGGGGGGACACAUGUUUACACCACCUUUUUCCAGAGACUUACAAAACACUUGAGGGCUAAAGCCUCAACAGCACGAGGUUAGAACUGAUGGAGUAUGACAGUGAGCUGUGUUCUCAAACCCAAGGUCUUCAGCUGAUCCCCUAAACUUGAAAUGCUGCCUCGGAGUUCCCCACUUGACUAGUUGUUAAACAAAAUAGCCUUAGUGCGCAACGAGUGUAGUUUGUGCGUGUGUGUGCGAUUGUGUUUUCCACAUUCUACUUCUCAGGACUUGAGUUAGACGCGAUUCCAAAGCCUGCAUUCAUUCACACCAGUGUGUAACUGCAUGCAAAGGAGACAUGCAGUGAAAUUCAUUACUUAGUUUUGCUGAUUAUAGGCAUAUAUA